AUGCCCGUUGUUUUGGUGCGCCCGACCAAUCGGACUCGCCGCCUGGAUUCUACCGGAGCCGGAAUGGGCCCUUCCUCGCACCAGCGACAGGACUCCCCUCUCCCGACCAUAACGCAUUGCGCAGGGUGCACCACAGCCUGGUCCUCCUGCAGCUUUAACAGCGCUGACAUGGACACCUCAUUGCAGUUCCAGCGCGGCUUCUUCUCGGAGCAGCAGGAGCAGCAGGAGCACCAGCACCUGCACUGCCUACCACAGCAGCAGCAGCAGCAGCGCUCGGACAAGUCGUGCCUCUCCUUCCCGCAGCACGCACUCCAUCAACAGCCCCACCGCUACCAGCAUCUCCAACAGCACCACCACCUCCCGCAGCACGCACCCCUCCAGCACCAGCAGCAGCAGCAGCCGUCGCCGUCGCCGCCGCUGUUAGGCAGCGGCGGCAGCAGCCCAUGCCUCCCGUGCAACAGCUGCGCUUCCCCCGGCGCCCCGGCGGCGGCGGUGGGGGCGGGCGCGGGGGAUAGCCUGCCCCUCCUGCUCCGUACCUCCUCGCCCGGAGGCGCCUUUCGGACCCGCAACUCCUCUCCGGUCUCCAUCUCGUCCUGCUGCUGCUGCUGCUGCUGCUGUUCGUCCCGGCGGGGCAGUCAGCUCAAUGUGAGUGAACUGACGCCGUCCAGCCAUGCCAGUGCGCCCCGGCCCCUCCAGUGCUCCUGCCCCCAGCACUGUGCCCAGUACCCCCAGUGCCAUAGCCUGCAACCAGCAGCCAGUCCCACCAGCAGCCUCGGCAGCGACGGACACCACCAGCAGCAGCAGCACCACCACCACCACCAUCACCACCACCACCACCACCAGCCGCAACCACCGCCGCCGGGGCGCCGGGAAAGCAACCCCUUCACCGAAAUAGCCAUGAGCAGCUGCAGGUACAACGGAGGCGUCAUGCGGCCGCUCAGCAACUUGAGUUCGUCCCGCAGGAACCUGCACGAGGUGGACUCGGAGGUGCAGCCCCUGCAGCCCGCCGCCGCCGCCGGGCCCUUCCCCUCGGGCCCCGGCGGCGACCACCCCUCGUCCUCGUCUUCUUCGGCCGCCGCCGCCCCGGAGAUCGUGGUGUCCAAGCCCGAGCACAACAACUCCAACAACCUGGCGCUGGGCGGCCAGGGCGGGCCGGGAGGUGGCGGGUGCGGCGGUGGCAGCGCCAGCAAGUCAACCAAGAAGAAGAACCAGAACAUCGGCUACAAACUGGGCCACCGGCGCGCUCUGUUCGAGAAGCGCAAGAGACUCAGCGACUACGCGCUCAUCUUCGGCAUGUUCGGCAUCGUGGUCAUGGUCAUCGAGACCGAACUGUCCUGGGGCGCCUACGACAAGGCGUCGCUGUACUCGUUAGCUCUGAAAUGCCUUAUUAGCCUCUCCACGAUCAUUCUGCUCGGGCUCAUCAUCGUGUACCACGCCAGGGAGAUCCAGUUGUUCAUGGUGGACAAUGGAGCAGAUGACUGGAGAAUAGCCAUGACUUAUGAGCGUAUUUUCUUCAUCUGCUUGGAAAUUCUGGUGUGUGCUAUCCAUCCUAUCCCUGGGAACUAUACGUUUACAUGGACAGCCCGUCUCGCCUUCUCCUAUACUCCAUCCACAACCACUGCUGAUGUGGAUAUUAUUUUGUCUAUACCCAUGUUCCUAAGACUCUAUCUUAUUGCCAGAGUUAUGCUUUUGCAUAGUAAACUCUUCACCGAUGCCUCCUCGAGAAGCAUUGGGGCACUUAAUAAGAUAAAUUUCAAUACCCGUUUUGUUAUGAAGACUUUAAUGACUAUAUGUCCAGGAACUGUACUAUUGGUUUUUAGUAUCUCAUUAUGGAUAAUUGCCGCGUGGACAGUCCGGGCUUGUGAAAGAUAUCAUGAUCAACAGGAUGUUACCAGCAACUUCCUGGGAGCCAUGUGGUUGAUUUCAAUAACUUUUCUCUCCAUUGGAUAUGGCGACAUGGUACCCAAUACAUACUGUGGGAAAGGAGUCUGUUUACUUACUGGAAUCAUGGGUGCUGGUUGCACUGCACUUGUGGUAGCUGUGGUUGCAAGGAAGUUAGAACUUACCAAAGCUGAAAAACAUGUGCAUAAUUUCAUGAUGGAUACCCAGCUCACCAAAAGAGUAAAAAAUGCAGCUGCCAAUGUACUCAGGGAAACAUGGUUAAUAUACAAAAAUACAAAGCUGGUAAAAAAGAUAGAUCAUGCAAAAGUAAGAAAGCAUCAACGUAAAUUCUUACAAGCUAUUCAUCAAUUAAGAAGUGUAAAAAUGGAACAGAGGAAACUGAAUGACCAAGCGAACACCUUGGUAGACCUGGCUAAGACCCAAAACAUCAUGUAUGACAUGAUUUCAGAUUUGAAUGAAAGAAGCGAAGACUUUGAGAAGAGGAUUGUGACCCUGGAAACCAAAUUAGAGACCUUGAUCGGUAGCAUACAAGCCCUCCCUGGACUGAUAAGUGAGACAAUCAGCCAGCAACAAAGAGAUUUCAUUGAAGCUCAGAUGCAAAACUAUGACAAGCCUGUUGUCUACAAUGCCGAGAGGUCGCGGUCCUUAUCCAGAAGACGGAGAUCCUCCUCUACAGCACCACCAACUUCAUCAGAGAGUAGUUAGAAAAGAAUACGUUAACCACAAAAUAAAAGACUUUUUGCCAUCAUAUGGUCAAUAUUUUAGCUUUUAUUGUAAAGCCCUAUGGUUCUAAUCAGAGUUAUCUGGGUUCUGAUGUCAGAAUUCUGGGAACUUGAACACAAAAUUUUAGGCCAAAAUGAGUCAAAGCUCUUUUUUUUUCUUUCAGAUGCACAGGGAAUGCACCUAUUAUUGCUAUAUAGAUUGUUCCUCCUGUAAUUUCACUAAACUUUUUAUUC